AUGGAACUUGAGCAGUGGAAAAGGAAGUACACUGAUAUAGAAAAUGAAAAAUGCAAGCUUUUGGAAGAAAUGAAACAGGUUUUACAAUCAAAAGAUGAAGAARUAGAAGUUUUAGAUGCACUUAAUGACGAACUCAAAGCUUAUGUUGUGACAUUAGAGGAAUCAUCAAAAACAAAAAUCCAGAAAACUAAAACAAAAGAUAGAGCUCAAUGUGCUCUUUGGUUUUCAAAGUCAUUUGGGCUGGAUAUCUCAUCUAUUACAUUUAAAGACGGCAGUGAUGGUAACAAGAUUUAUAAUGUGAAUUAUGAGGAAAGGGAAAGUACCAGCUCUWAAGGGCCRAAUSGUUAUGCAAGUCUUUCACAAGAAGAACAUUCUAGGCUGGAACAGAUUUUAUUUCUCCUAGAUAAGUUCUAUGUAAGUGAUGAGUGUUAUCAUGAGSUUAGCCUGGUCACCAAUGAUAUUCCUCGAUCGUACUUAAUAAAGCAAAAGAGGGAUGAUCUGAAUUCUUUUUGCCACAUAGAAAGGGUACCUGGACCACUUCCAGGUGCCCAGCGCAGUUUUGCUACAAUGUUAAAGGAGUCUUUAACCAAGUACUUGGAUUCAAAUCCAUCAUAUGAUCCCACUAAAAGCCCAUUCAAAGUAAAAAUAAGUGGAGAUGGGGCAAGAAUGUCAAGGACAAUAACAUUUAUGAUUUUGUCAUUUUCUUUGCUCCAAGCAGGUGAUUUUAGCUCUUCAAAAGGCAAUCACACAAUAGCCAUUGUAAGUGGACCUGAAAAAUAUGAAACUCUCCAGGUUUCAUUUAAAGACAUUAUUGAUGAAAUAAAUGAUCACAUCAAAUCUCAAAAAGUCAAAUUAGGAGACAAGCAGGUACCAGUAGAGUUUUUUCUUGGAGGGGAUUUAAGAUUUCUGCUACUUUCAAUGGGCCUUAGUGGUGCUACAUCAGACUAUGCCUGUUUGUGGUGUAAAAUUCAUAAAUCCAAGAGGUGGGAUAUGCAACACAACUUAGAAUACUACCAGUCUGAUAAACUGAAGAGAACACUAAAAUCAAUUAAGGAAUGCUGCACAAAGUCAAAAGAAAAUUUUUGUUGUAUCAAUCCACCAUURUUCAAUAUUGAACUUGAUCAUGUAAUUUUAGAUGAGCUACACAUGAUGCUGAGGGUAACAGACAGACUUACUGAAAACUUAAUUAUUGAAGUAAUGGUGAAAGACAGCAAAGAGGAUUUUACAGUGUAAUAAAAAACGUGGAGAAGCCAAAGGUCUACACCUAAUAAAACUUGUUGAAGCCAUUAAUGACAUUGGAAUAACAUUUGCUAUUGGGUAAAAAUUAAAUGCAGAUGGAAAAUCCAGUGGCCAGAAAGACUGGACAAGUCUAGUUGGAUCAGACAAAAAAAACUUA